GUCUGGUCAUUGCGUUCAUUGUUGUUGUCCGGAAAAGCAGAAACGGUAAAAACACAGAGCGUCUUGCAGAAGAUUCCUUUAUCGCUACGAAAUGGGACAAAACCAGUCAGCGGGUAGCGGCGGGGACAAAGAUAAGGAUAAGGAUAAGAAGAAAAAGUACGAGCCACCGAUCCCGACGCGGGUUGGCAAAAAGAAGCGCAAGGCAAAGGGACCCGAUGCGGCCCUCAAGCUGCCCCAGGUCACCCCACACACGCGCUGCCGGCUGAAGCUGCUCAAGCUGGAGCGCAUCAAGGACUAUCUGCUGAUGGAGGAGGAGUUCAUCCGCAACCAGGAAAGACUGAAGCCGCAGGAGGAAAAGAUCGAGGAAGAGCGCUCCAAGGUGGACGACCUGCGGGGGUCGCCCAUGUCGGUCGGCACGCUGGAGGAGAUCAUCGACGAUAACCACGCAAUCGUGUCGACGUCGGUGGGCAGCGAGCACUACGUCAGCAUCCUGUCGUUCGUCGACAAGGACCAGCUGGAACCGGGCUGCUCGGUGCUGCUGAACCACAAGGUGCACGCGGUGGUCGGAGUGCUGGGCGACGAUACCGACCCGAUGGUGACAGUGAUGAAGCUGGAGAAAGCGCCGCAGGAAACGUACGCCGACAUCGGCGGACUGGACACGCAGAUCCAGGAGAUCAAGGAAUCGGUCGAGCUGCCCCUCACGCACCCCGAGUACUACGAGGAGAUGGGCAUCAAACCGCCGAAGGGUGUGAUCCUGUACGGACCGCCGGGCACGGGCAAAACGCUGCUCGCGAAGGCGGUGGCCAACCAGACGUCCGCCACCUUCCUGCGAGUCGUCGGGUCGGAGCUGAUUCAGAAGUAUCUCGGCGACGGUCCCAAGCUGGUGCGCGAGCUAUUCCGUGUGGCCGAGGAGCACGCCCCGUCGAUCGUGUUCAUCGACGAAAUCGAUGCCGUCGGAACGAAGCGGUACGAUUCCAACUCGGGCGGUGAGCGCGAAAUUCAGCGCACCAUGCUGGAGCUGCUCAACCAGCUGGACGGGUUUGAUUCGCGCGGCGAUGUGAAAGUAAUCAUGGCCACGAAUCGUAUUGAAACGCUCGACCCGGCACUGAUCCGUCCGGGGCGUAUUGAUCGAAAGAUUGAGUUCCCGCUGCCGGACGAAAAGACCAAGCGACGUAUCUUCAACAUCCACACUGCCCGUAUGACGCUGGCCGAGGAUGUGAAUCUGUCGGAGUUGAUCAUGGCGAAGGACGAUCUGUCGGGCGCGGACAUCAAGGCAAUCUGUACGGAGGCGGGCUUGAUGGCGCUACGGGAGCGUCGAAUGAAGGUGACCAACGAGGACUUCAAGAAGUCCAAGGAGAGUGUGCUCUACCGGAAAAAAGAGGGAACGCCCGAGGGUUUGUACAUGUAAACCGAACACACGUGCGACCUCUUCCAAGCGUCAGCUGUAUUUGCUUAGGUAUUCUAAUAAAUUGUGAAACAUUGAAAUAAAUCCAAUUCUCAACCA